AUUCCAGACACAAAAGCCUAUUCCACAGAUUUAUAAAGCUGUCCGCGGCAGAACGGAAUUCAUUUACACUAACAAGUUUGAAUUACUGACCAAAACCAACCUACAGGACUGGACCGUGUCUGGAUUUAAUUUGCCCUGCUAAACAAGACGAUAGAGCCUUCUGUUGAAUGCUCACUUGCAGUGUUACUUCAGAAAGAUACCUUUUGGAAACUAAAGCUGCUUGCGUUCACCUGGAUAAAGCCUCACCCAAAUCCACUUUCAACAGUACUUACGCCAACGUUUUACAUUCCUCAAAGCAAAAUGUUGAAAACUGGAAAAAUGGUUUGCCUUAUGACAUUGUUUAUGACCGUCCUCUUAACAGACAUAGCUUCAGGAGAGUAUCCAAAGGCACAAAACGUCAGUUGGUCGUCUUUCAACUUCAAAACGCUGCUUAUGUGGAGUCCUAAACCAGUUAACUAUUCCUACACAGUUGAAUAUUCAGUCCUCGGUCAGGACAGACAGACGAACCCCCACUGCAUCAGAACCACAGAGACCGAGUGUGACCUGACCACUUCUUUGACCGACAUGAAUGCCACCUACUCAGCCGACGUCCUCUCAGAACCUCCUCUCGGUGGGACCUCUGACAUCAUCGAGUUCCCGCACACGCGCUCCGAACGCUUCUGUCCCUACAAAGACACUCAAAUAGGCAGACCGGAGGUGACGGUGGAGGUCAGCGAAGACAAGAGGAAGAUCACGCUGCACGUCAAAGACCCUCUCACGGCGUUGUUCAGGGACAGCAGAGCUCUGAGCAUCAGGGACGUGUUUGCUGACGACCUCCAGUACAGAGUCACCUACAGGAAGGCUCAGAGCACUGGCAAGAAAGUGACGACGUCGGAGAGCAGUGUGAUUGUGAUCGAGUUGAGGAACGAGGACCGAGGCCAGAGCAACUGCUUCAACGUGCAGGCCUUCAUCCCCUCCCGCUCCCCAGACCAGCAGCUGGGGGAGCCCAGCCACACCGUCUGCUCCCCGGACGAAGGACAGACCUUCUUCGAGGAGUAUGGGAUUGGCGUGAUCGCAUUUGGCCUCCUCAUCAUUGUGGCAGUCAUAUCUGCGGUCAUUGCAUUCACCGUGGUGUGUUGCAGAAGGAGCAGGAGGAGAGCCAAUCAAAGGGAGAAAGAGGGAGUGCCUCUCCGCGCUGUGUAGGAGUGUAUAUCUAAUACACCCUUUGGAACAGAAGGAGUAGGAGUGUGUGGGUCAGAUGGCUGAGCGGUGAGGGAGUCGGGCUAGUAAUCUGAAGGUUGGCAGUUCGAUUCCCAGCCGUGCCAAAUUACGUUGUGUCUUUGGGCAAGGCACUUCGCCCUACUUGCUUCGGGGGGAAUGUCCCUGAACUUACUGUAAGUCGCUCUGGAUAAGAGCGUCUGCUAAAUGUGUACCUAACACACCCUUUGGGACAGAAAAAAUACACCUGGAUAAGAUCUGCCUUUCAAAGGAGGUCUUGGUUCACAUUCCUUUGUCAAACACUGGAAUCAUUUUGUUUCUGUGAAACCACUAAAUAUAUAUUUUAAUAGUUUUUUAAAAUUAUUAACACUUAAAUGCUGAAAAAUAUUUUUAGGUGACUGGUACUGUACAUUUACUGCUGUAGUGACAUCUACCUUUUUUACAAACACUCCCUAUGGUUCUUAUUUAAUAUAUUUGCAUUUUGUACUUUCUAACUUAAAGAUAAUUGGGAAAUAUUACAUGGUUUUGGGAGAUUGUUGAAUCGUAUUGUGGGAAAUCUAAUAGAAUGAUAUAUUUUAUUUUUGUAUUUAAAAAGUUUUUAUUGGACUGUGCUGCCACUAAUGUAUUUCUACUUUUUGUUCAAAAAGGUUUCAAUGAUCAGUAUGUUUCCAUCAAAAUAAACCUUUAAAAUCA